UGUUAGGAACGCGCAUGCGCACAGAGUUUGUUAGUGGUAGCAUCGCCCGGACAGGCUGUUCUCUCGGUAGGAUUCCAGGGUACGAUCUCUCUAUUCAGGUUCGUUCUGUUAGGACAGGGGCACACAAGAGAUAAAAGAUGACACACUCCAGAGAGACAUCGGAACGAAUUAUCAUGGAGCCAUACAAAUAUUUGCUUCAGCUUCCGGGUAAACAGAUUAGGACAAAAUUAUCCCAAGCCUUUAACCACUGGCUAAAUGUACCAGAAGACAAAACUCAGGUAAUAAUUGAAGUCACAGAGAUGCUGCACAAUGCCAGUUUACUUAUAGAUGACAUUGAAGACAGCUCCAAGCUUCGACGAGGUUUUCCAGUGGCUCACAGUAUAUAUGGGAUUCCCUCAGUAAUAAAUUCAGCUAAUUAUGUAUAUUUUCUUGGUUUGGAGAAAGUUCUAACUCUUAAUCAUCCAGAUGCUGUUUGUGUUUUUACCCAGCAAUUGCUUGAACUCCACCGUGGUCAGGGACUGGAUAUUUACUGGAGGGAUACUUAUACUUGUCCUACAGAAGAACAGUAUAAAUCUAUGGUGCUACAAAAAACAGGGGGAUUGUUUGGGUUAGCAGUAGGCCUUAUGCAGUUGUUCUCCUCAUAUAAAAAAGACUUAAAACCACUGCUGAAUACACUUGGGUUGUUUUUCCAAAUCAGGGAUGACUAUGCCAAUCUAAACUCCACUGAGUAUUGUGAGAAUAAAAGCUUUUGUGAAGACCUUACAGAAGGAAAAUUUUCAUACCCUACCAUUCAUGCAAUUUGGUCAAGACCUGAAAGCACGGAGGUUCAAAAUAUUUUGAGGCAGAGAACAGAGAAUGUGGAUGUUAAGAAAUAUUGUGUUCAUUAUCUAGAAAAGGUGGGCUCUUUUGAAUACACAAAGAAAACAUUAAAAGAACUGGAAACCGAGGCAUAUGGACACAUUGAAUCUCUUGGUGGAAACCCUGAAUUAGCUUCACUAAUAAAACACUUGAGCGCAAUGUACAACUAAUCACACACUCCUAAACACGUUUAAUACGUGGUUUCUAGUUGAACUUUUUUGUAAUUAAUUUCUAACAUUUAAAUAUUAUGUGCAACCAUUACUUGCAAACCAGUCUCAGCAGGAUUCUAAAUUUGAAUGGUAAUUUAUCUUUGUCAUUAUCCACUAUUCAUCACUGAAAAAAAAAAAAAUAAUGCUUUUUUUUUUAAUUCUUCCAAAAAUAAUUUAAAUAAAGGGAAACUGUAAGCAGUAAAAUCAUUUAAUCUCUUUAAAUUGGUUAAAGUGACUGGAAUCCUCUGCUGCUGUUCUUCCAUUCAGUGUCAAACCAUUUUCGAGCAGUUUAACAAUAUAUAAGGGCUCCUGGCCCCUUCUGGAGAUCUGGCUAAGUCAGAGAUUAUACACUUACUUCUAGGCAUACCAAUUCAUACCAAAAAUGGGACACUAUAACCACUUUAUUUAAAUUAAGUAGGUAGAGUCCCUUCAAACUCUGUUGAAAAAUUGGCAGUAGAGUAACUGUGUACUUAGGUUCACUUUUUUGUUUAAAGUAAUGAUCUUGUACUUUGCAUUAAUUAUGAAAUAUAAAAAUGUGGACUAUGCAGUCACAAUAAUAA